CCGACCCGUAUUGAUUCCAACGCCUCAAAAGAAAAGGGGAAAAAACCUAGGUCAGCCAUGGCGACGGCGGGGGCUGUGCCAUCCUGGGUGGUGCUGGAUCGGCUGGUCCACCUCCACAAGGUGGACGACGAGGAGGAGCAGGACUGGGCAACCAUCGAGUGCUCGGAGACGAAGGCGUACGUCACCGUGGAGAACGGGGACGAGAGCCCCGACGGGACGUCCCCGUUCAGGCUGUCGCCGUUCGACGGCCUGGAGCUCCUCGUGCGCGUCGCCGAGCCUCCUUACCCCUCCGCCCUAUCCAUCCGCCUUGUCGACGACCCCGACAAGGACGACCGCCGCGGCUUCCUCAGCAACGUCCUGCUCGCCGGCGGCGGCUUCCUCGUCCUCGGCUCGUGCCUGCCCGAUACCAGGGGCUCCAACUCGUACAUUGUCCUCGACGCCCCAAGUGGUUCCCUCGCCAUGAUUAGCACCCUAUCUCUCCGUUUCCGACCGUCCGUUGCCUAUACACCUCUUCCCCUCCGGCGACCAGAUGGCGGUUACGUGCUCGUGCUCAUAGCGAUGGAUAUGAUGAACUCCAGGCCUGCAGAUGGCAGUGGCUACUUGCCGGAAGUUAUCUGUCUGAUGCCCUCAUGGCUUCCCUUUGAUCACCCUUGGCAGCUCAAAACACCACUCUUCCCUCCGGAGAAGCCCAGAUUGUUCGGGGCCCAUGAGAUCUUCUCGUUCCAAGGCCACGCUUUAUGGGUGGACCUCGGCAGAGGCAUCCUCUCCUGUGACUGUGAAGACAUCCUCCUCUCCAGCAAUGGCGACGUGCAAUUCAGAUACAUUGACCUGCCCAUGGGUUGCAAGGUUGACUUUGAUCCAUCCUACCACAGGGCACUGCCAUCUGAAUACCGGGCCAUCCGUGGCAUGGGUAACUCUAUCAGGUUUGUCUCCAUUGAGGGAUACACAACUAUGCACCGCCGUGACAUGGUAUUGUGCAUGUGGACUUUGAUUGUUCCGUCCUCCUCCGGAUGGCGCAAGGUAGGGGAGAUCUCGGUCGGGGAACUGUGGGAACAGAAGGGGUUCAAGACGGCGGGGCUGCCGACUCACGUGCCACCGACCAGGCCCAUGCUGAGCAGCCAUGAGGAUGGUGUUGUUUACUUCCUACUAGGUGACUUCUACGAGGAUGAGGACAAGGAUGAGAAGUACAUCCACAUGUUUAGCAUCAACCUGCUCACAAGAAAAUUCGUCUCGUCUUGGAGAAUUCCUUCCUCUUGCUGUCCUCAGUCCAAUCUGGAGUUGCUUAUGGAGUCUGAUAUAUUGAAGGACAUUGGGAGUCAUCGUCUUCUUCCAAUUGCCGUUCCACACCACGGUGAGGCCAAGAGGAUGAAGUGGGAUCAUCAUGAGACUGUUAUGGGUUUGACUAGCAGCAAAGAAGACUUGGGAAGAGCAGAAAAGACAUCUGGGAUGGUCUAGCUCUUGUCCGCAAAGGAUGGCUAGAACAGUGAGUUGGGUGAAUCCUCUAAAUGAAAUUUGUUAAUGAUGUUACUUCUUAUAUAAUGGAUACUGUAAUAUACUAGUAUAAAUGCUACACCAGGCUUUCAUUAUUGUCGAUCUACCUAUGACAUUAUUCUUACCUGUUAUUGUGGCUAUUUGGUUGAAAGCGAGUCAGAGAAUUCUGUCUGCUAUGCUUGUUAUACCCUUUGUCAGUUAAACCUAAUCUUGUGACGGCUUAACUUGCUUUCAACAGUAGCACAAAUUUCAUCAA